AUGUCGGACUCGGGGCUCUCCUCCGUGAACAUCCCAACGGACGUAGAGUACGAGCAGUCGUUGAAGCGCGCGGUACGUAAUGGACUCAAGGCCAACGAAGAUGUCUCUGUCAACACUGCCCGGGAACGCGCGGAACAAGAGCUAGGUCUGGAGGCAGGCUUCUUCAAAGGGGAUGCAGUUUGGAAGGGCAAGAGCAAGAAAGCUGUACUGGAGGCCUUUGAAGAUCCUCAGUCCUCUCCUGAGAAGCCAGCCCCGAAGCCAAAAGCAAAGCCUGUUGUCGCUAAAGCCAAGAGCGGUGCGAAGCGGAAAUCGCAGGACACAACGCGCGUGAGCAACAAGCGCAGCAAGAAAGCAACCACGACUGUGCCUGAUAGCGAUGCUUCAGAGUCAAGCRCCAGCGAAGCUGUAGCGUCUAAGAAUGAGGAAGACGCGUCGGACUUUGGCGGUAGCGAAGAGGACGAGAAGCCAAAGGCGGCCGCAAAGAAGGUCAGGGGUAAGACUGCUUCGAAGCCACAAACUAAGCCUGCCGCGAAGAGGAAGCCUACCAGUCACAAGGUCAAGGAUAAGAGCAAUUCCGGCGAUUCAGGCUCGGAAGCAGAAGUUGAAGUAAAGCCCAAAGCUGCCAAGAAGAAGGCCGCUCCAAGCAAGAAGUCCCAGGAUGUUGUCAUGUCUGAUGUGGAAGAUGAGGACGAGAACAAAGCAGCGCCGGAGACGACCACAAACGGAGACGAGCUGCCAGACGCGCCCAGCAGCAAGAAUGAUGAGCCGCCGAAACCACCAACCGCUGAGGACGACGAAAGCGACAUGUCUGUGCUGAUUGAUGAUCCACCGCCAAAAAAGAAGCGCGCCAGCAAUGGCGCCUCGAAAGUCAAAGAAGCCAAAGCCCCCAAACCGGCAGCUUCCAAGAAGAAGAAAGGACCCGACCUCUCACCCAACGAAGAGGRGAUCAAGAGACUUCAGGGCUGGCUGGUCAAAUGUGGAGUGCGAAAGAUGUGGCACAAUGAGCUGAAGGGCUGCGAUGCCGACAAGGACAAGAUCAAGCACUUGAAGAAGAUGCUAGAGGAUGUAGGCAUGACAGGUCGGUAUAGCAACGAAAAGGCCAAGGAGAUAUUCGAAGCACGGGAGCUCGCAAAGGAGCUUGAAGAGGCGCAACAGUAUGCUGCAAAAUGGGGCACCAAAGACGAUGAGGAAGAUGGUGACACUGGUAGCGAGGCUGGGAGCGGAGAUGACAAGGCAGAUUCGAGAGCUGCUGCGCCUCGAAAGCCAAAGGGCUUUGUCGAUUUUGGCGACUCUGGAGACGAGAGCGAUUGA